AUGAGCUCCUACGAGAAGGUGGUGAAGGGUGCCUGCAAGCCCAAAGCAGCGCCGCCCAAAGCCAAGUACCUCGACCCAAUCAUUGCGGCGACCUGGGAUGAAGGAGGCGCCGUUCACGAUGUCUGCAAGGCCCUCUCCCCACGCUUUCGUGAACCCAACGCUGUCGUCGUUCUCAAGGCGCUCAUCGUUCUGCAUACGAUGAUACGGAAUGGCUCGACGGAUAAUGUUUUGGGAUAUCUCAGUGGCUCGUCGGUGUUGAGGCUACACAACGUGUCAGCCGGUAAUUGGGAUGGCUAUUCAGCACCGGAAAAUCUCCAACACUAUGCUUCUUACCUCGACUCGCGUAUAAAGUCUUACCGCGACCUCAAACAUGACGCCAUCCGAGUUCAGUCAGAUUCCAACCGAGAUGCAAGAGUUAGUGCUGGCUUGAAUGGCGGCCCAAUCCCCAAAAGUACUCCUCUUCAGCGUAGCAAAACUCUUGCUGGCCGAAAGUUGAGGUCGAUGACGGUGGAGAAAGGCCUUUUGCGGGAAACGCGUGUGGUCCACGGCAUGAUCGAUACACUCGUCGCAUGUAGAUUCUACCUCGACGAUCUUGAAGACCCGCUCACACUCACUGCACUCCGCAUGCUCGUCAAGGAUCUUCUCAUCCUCUUCCAAGCGGGCAACGAAGGUGUCAUUAAUCUCCUCGAGCAUUACUUCGAGAUGUCACAUAUCGAUGCCAAAGAAGCGUUAGGCAUAUAUCGCCACUUCUGUACCCAAACGGAGCAGGUGGUCGAGUAUCUUGGUGUCGCCAGGAAGCUGCAAAAUCUGCUCAAUGUCCCCAUCCCAAAUUUGAAGCACGCACCAGUCUCUCUUGCCGGCGCGCUUCAAGAAUAUCUGGACGAUCCUGCCUUCGAGCAGAACCGAAUCGAAUACAAGACGAACAAGGAAGCUGUCAAACGUGGACGAAACGCUGCCAAGUCCGAUACUCCGCCAGUGCCCACUCUACCGUCCCCCGCUUCAUCGUCAACAACCAAAGUCACCAAUGGUACCGCAUCUACAAGCUCUAACGGUGCAACUGCGAGCGGCUCCAAAACAUCGCCCGAUGAGCUGGUCGACUUUUUCGCUGAAAUUGAGCAAACCCAACCCACUAUGUUCAAUCCCGCAACCAAUAGCCCAAAUACAGCAUACUUUCAACAGAUGGCCUCCAGUCCAAACCCGUUUCAACGGAUGCAGCCAACAGGGGCGUUCGGUCCACAACCAACUGGAGCAUUUGGUCCGCAGCCAACCGGAGCAUUUGGACUUCAACCUACUGGCGCGUUUUCUCAACCGCAGCUCCAAGUCCCAGGAAUGCCGAUGGGAGGACUUACAGGAGGCUUGCAACCACAGGCGACAGGAUUCAAUCCCUUCAGCGGAGCUCGACCCAUAUCGACUUUCGGUCCAUUGACAGCUCAAGCAACUGGAAUGGGUGCUGGAGCAUUCGGAGGACCACCAGCCGGAUCAGGAGCAUUCGGAUUAGCAGCACAACCAACUGGGGCAUUUGGUUCACCUCUUCAGCAACAACCAACCCAGACUCCACCAUUUUUACGACCGCAAAUAACAGGCGGGGCCGCAAAUCCGUUCCGAGCCAGUCAAUUUGUUCCUACCCCAAUGCCUUUGUCCGCUGGUUCUCCUCCACAACUGCGACCACAAAUGACGGGCGGAGCCGGAGCAGCAAACCCAUUCCGGGCGAGCAUGAUGUUCUCGCAGGGAACAGGGCCAGCAGCGUUCAAUUCAACUUUAACUUCGAGUGUGCCCUCCGUCCCCGCUGUUCCCCCCUUUCUGAUAAACAACACAAAUUCAACGUCUCCUGGCGCUGGUAUCCCUCGACCCGCUUCUGCUCCUCUCACUGCUUUAUCACCGGUUGCGCCAUCGCUCUCAGCUUUAACUCCAACCACUACGUCGAGUCCUGGACUACAACCCGUUAAGUCUCAUCAAACAGGAACGAAAAAUCCAUUUGGCGCGCCAGCUCCUAAACCAGAGGACAUUCCUGCCAUUCCUCGACAACCUACAUUGAUGGAGCUUGCGAUGGGAGGUGGACCACAACCGUUGUUCCAGUCACAACCGACAGGCCUUACCCCGACUCCAUCGGUUCAAAUUCAACCCACCGGAUUGGCUGGGAGUGCGGCAAAAGCCUUCGAUUACAGCAAGAGUGCCCUUGGACCUGGUGCAACAGACAUGGGCUCCAUAGCCAGCGAAUUUGCUUUCAGCAAGCCCACAAGUGCAACAACUGCACCGUCAUCAACUGCUUCUGACACUGGUGGAUCGUCCUUGUUCUCCUCGUUCACAGGCACUACUACAGCAACAAGUAUCGGUUCGCCAUCAAUCGCCUUUUCCACGUCCUCCGGCUCAUUGUCCAGCCCAACCUCAUCGUUUGGAGGUGGAUUUGAUAUGUCCAAAUCAGCUCUAAAUAACCCAUCUUCGCCGUUAUCCGCUUCCACCAUUCCUAACUCUUUAUCCUCAAUAUCCUCAUCAAGCACACUUUCGGCUCAAACAACUGGUCUUCAGGGUUUUAAACCCUCGUCCUCGUUUGGCGCGAGUUUGUUAAGCUCUUUACCGACAAUACCGGGAAGUCCAGCCAGUCCGUCUGUAUCAACGACCGGUGUGACUGCUCAGCCAACGGGUUUCUUUUCGUCAGGGGCCGGAACCACUCCAACAACGAGUUCUGCAUUUGGCGCAUUCGGGACGAAUCCGACUGGGAUUCCUCAAGUCAACCCCACCACCUUUAGUCCUGCCGCUGGUAACUUUGGCCAGGCCUCGACAGGACCUGGUGGUUCUACGCUCGGCGUCGGGUUACGGCCGCAAAUGACUGGUGGCGCAGCCAAUCCGUUCCGGGCUUCAAUGGCUAUGGGUGGCCCAAUGCCGCCAAUGCCAACUGGUGCUGGCGCAUUCGGACCGGGCCAGCCCUCAUUUACCGGGGGGGCUUUUGGAGGAGGUGCCUUCGGUGGCGCUUUUGGCAACCAGCAACAACCAACACAACAGCAAAAUGGUUCACUCAUUUGA